AAAGGAUCCACUCUUCCACGAGGCCCCUAUCGCACAGAGCUCCCACCUUAAUACCACCACCAUUCACCAUCGUCACUUUCAUCUCAGACGUCGCGAUCUAGCUUUCGUUGACUUUGACUUUCUUUUUCUAAUAUAUUCUGGACACUUGAUUAUCUAUACACUUGUUUGCAUACGCACCGACUCGACGCGCAGGCUUCCAGGGUCUGGCUUCAGCGCUCUUUUGGGAAACAAAUUUCAAGGCGAAAUUGGGGGACCGCACGUCCACGUAUCGGCUUAAAGAAGUGUGUAAGGAGGCGUGAGGAGAACGAUGGACGCGUCUUCUCGUAGAGUUGGUCGUGGUGGCAGCGCCAUGCCUCGUAUUUAUCCGGGAUACGGCGAUGAGAGUUCGUCGAUUGCGCCGUCGUCUGCCUACCCGACAACAAUAACCACUGGAACUUCACUUCCGCCAUCUCAGCCCCCGAGCGCCGUAGGAAUCACGAAGAAAUCCCAAGCCAUGCCUGUAGCACCACCCCCCUCAUCCGAGUCAAUCUCUUCAUCAAGAACACCAUUCAUCUCUGCUCCGACUCAAUCCCGAGCACCUACGUCCGAUGUUAGUGCCUCAUCGUUCUCAUCGGGACCCGUACCCGCAUCGAGCAUCCCUACCGCCUAUACAGCACCACAAUAUCCAACGCUUAGAUCACCUACCACAUCCGCAUCCUCAUCCUCUUCUGCCCCCAUCGCCGCUCCUCAACCGAUUUUCGCUCCAGUCCCAGUCCCAGCUCUUGCCGCUUCCCCACCUCCAGCUCUUGCCGCUUCCCCACCUCCAGCCCUUGCCGCUGCUCCACUUCCUGCCGUCAUCAGAGUCCCACCCUCCAUCCUUGUCAACUCAAAUUCCCACACCAUGCCAAACCCAAGCCCGUAUUCGCAAAUCGUUCCACGCUCGUCGGCCGGACGUCGAAGAGAACCACCCGGAAGGAGUGGGAUUCCUGCCCCUGCGAGUAGUGUUCCCACCACCGAGGCUCAUGGCACGAGAACUACAGCACGACGCGAACGAGAGCGUGGUGAGGGACAACCAUCCUCCCCCGUUCUUACUCGUUCGCGUCGAGCCGGUGACGCCUCCAAUCCUACCGUUACCUCCACUACCACCACCGCUACUCGAUCUCGCCGCACAGGCACGGUCGCCCCCACUUCUCCACGUACACCCGGACCUGCUGGAUAUCGCACCAUCGCGCCCUCCUCGACCAAUACUCGCACGCGCACGCGCACUCGUACAGGCACGACCGCCGUUACGACCUCCUCCGCUCGAAGACGCAAACUGAGGAAGGAAGCGCUCGAUCGGAGGUUGUUACAGACGACGAUCGCGCUUGUGUUCGUUGCGAUCGUGGUCGUGAUGAUGUUCGAUAGGUCUGCGUUUAGGGGGUGGUUAUGGGGUGAAGAGGACACGUUGGGUGGAAUUGACGGCGGCGGUGGUCGAAGUAAGGGUGGGAUAUUUGGUCGACGUGCGGAGCCGAGGGUGGAUGUGGAUGAUGAUUUGUUUGCGUGGCCGGGCCCGGGCUCUGUCAGUCAGAGUGCGAGGAGUCAUGCCGAUACGACUGGUAGACAGGGUAGAGAGACUACGACCCAGACAAGGGUUGAACAUGACGAUGAAGACGACGACGAGCGGCCUUUGUCGAUGCCACGGACGCCUGCUCCUGUCGCCCCACCGCCAUCGCAUCCACCUCCGCCACAUGAGUCGGCAGAGGAGCUUUCAACUGCAGUCGGUCCACGUGUUCCGAACUCGUCGAGUGUGUCGUUCUUCGAUCCGCAGAGGGUAUGGGAAUAUAUGCAGUCGUCUUCACCACCACCUUCUUCGCCACCACCUCCACCUUUCUACGACUCCAAUUCCGGAUUCGAAGAGCAGGCAUCGUCACGAGCAAUGCGUGUUCCACGUGUUAGGGAGAUUAUGGGUCCGAACAGAGUUGACGACGGAGGGGCAAGGAGGGUGGAGAGGUUGCAUGGGGGGAAGAGGGAGUUGAGAGAGAUGUAUGGACUUGGUUAUGAUGCAGGAGCUCCCUAUGGGAAUGAAUAUGGCGAAGCGCAGGGGGUAGGUUUGUGGCAGAGGAUUGGGGGCGGGCAGUGAGGAGGAUAAUGUUGUUAUGUGUGAAGUCUGUGAGUGACUUGGGAGUUGAGUCUUAUUUAUGCGCGCUUUGUAAUACAACUGUACAUAAGUUAGAUGAUCGUGUUCCUAUUGAAUCUGGAGAGACUGAGUGCAGCAGGUAGUGGUUUAUGGAUAGGCGGUUGUCUUCUUGGUUGUUCCUUCAGCGGAGUUUCCGUUUUUACGUAGUAUAUGUUUUAUUUUAUGUUGUGCUGCUCGCGACAAUCCGAUGCUGGUUG